AUGUACAAAAGGCACCCAGAUGGCACUGGGCGAGUUCUAUCUUCUCCCCAGUACACUCUGGGACAGAGUCUCGAAAAUCUAGCCUUGGUUCUUGGCCUCUUGCGAGAUACGUACAGGAUCCCUCGUUCCCAGAUCAUCAUCGUCACCAAAUACUAUGGCCUUGUCGCAAACGAUCAUUCCAUCCUACGUGGCCCGUCUUGCGCUGCAAUCUUCAACGCUAUCAAUGCGUCCCUCGCUCGUCUCGAUACUCCAUACAUCAAUCUCUUGCAGAUACACCGCUUCGACCCUUCAGUCACCCCUCAGGAAACCUUGAAAGCGCUUCACGACCUCGUGCAGAGCGGUAAAGUCGGUUAUAUUGGUGCCAGUUCCAUGCGUUGCCGGCAGUUUGCCAUGUUGAAUGACGUGGCCUCUCGCAAUGGUUGGACGACGAUUAUCAGCAUGCAGGAUGAGUACUUGCUACUCUACCGCGAGAAGGAAAGCGAGAUGCUCGCUUACUGCAAAUACAACGGUAUCGGUGUUAUCCCUUAUGCUCUGUCGAUGCGUCAUAAUUCUACCAAGGGAACUGUUUUGGAGAGAAAGGUGACCAGUGCGGACGUGACUAUCAUCAAUCGCGUGGAAGAGCUUUCCAAGAAGAAAAACUGCAAGAUGAGCCAGAUUGCGCUGGCCUGGGUUGCAUCAAAGGCGUCGAGCCCUAUCGUUGGUAUCAGUUCUAUACAUAGGUUGCAGGAGAGUAUCAUCGACGGAAUUGAGCUCACCCCGGAGGAAAUAAAAUACCUGGAGAGCCAUGCGUAUGAACCCAAGGCCAUCGGUGGCCACCUUUAG